GCACUGGACGGACUGGCAUUGAACGAAACGACACGAUGGUCACCGAAAAAUAGCAACAGCUCGACAGCAGCUAACUGGUGCAGCGAGGGAACGACACCGUCACAAGCCGAGGAAACGACCGCCGCAACCGACGACUUCGAUGGAGCGUGGACGAGGACCGACAACUUCGAUGUGACAGCAGUCGAUGGUGAUCCGAGGAAUGGACGAUUCAACAACCGGACAGUGGACGUUUCGACGAGAUCAGAACACCAACCGACCGGCAGUCGAUGGCAACACGGGACAAUCCUCAGUGGUGCAAGGCGCGAUAUCUUUGGUGGAGCAGAUGAGGACGAUCGCGGCGAGGUCAAGUCAUCCGAAAGCGAACAAGUGCUCCCGAAAACGAUGGACCAGCGCAGUAAGCGGAUCGAAAGCAACGUGCUGGAGGACGGAAGGAAGCAACGAUGGCGUACGGCGACGGCGACAUUUCGAUAG